AUGUUCUCAAAACCCUCCAUCCUGGCUCUAGGAGCCGCUCUCUCAACAACCCUCCAUCUCGCAACAGCAGCAACGACAUACCCCAACCCGCGAGAAUGCACAGGCGAAUGCGUCAACACCCACGACCCUUCCAUAAUCCGACACUCCGAUUCUGGCACCUACUACAAAUUCUCCACAGGCGGAACAAUCGCCAUCCACACCUCACCUUCAAUCUCCGGCCCUUGGGAAUUCGCUUGUCAAAUGCUAUCUUCUGCUUCAAAAGUCCACGUCCCAGGAAACCCAGGUACAGACCUCUGGGCACCGGAAGUAACUCGCGUCGGAGACGAGUAUUACGUUUAUUAUAGUGUCUCUAGCUUCGGAACACAAAUCAGUACAAUCGGUCUCGCAACAAGUAAAGAUAUGAGUUGCGGGAGUUGGACAGAUUUGGGGGGUACGGGCGUAGAAUCUCAGACCGGGGAUGCGUAUAAUGCGAUUGAUGCGAGUUUGUUGAAUGAUGAUGGGGUGUGGAGGAUGACGUUUGGGUCGUUUUGGAGUAAUAUUUAUCAGGUGGAGAUGGAGAGUCCUCCGACUGAGAAAGUUUCUGGUUCAACGCCGAAGCAGUUGGCGUUUGAGCCUGAGGGAGAACAUCCAGAGGAGGGACCGGCGUUGGUGAAGUAUGGGGAUUGGUAUUAUUUGUUCUUUUCGUGGGGGAAGUGUUGUGGGUAUGAUGCUGAUCGGCCGGCGGCUGGGGAGGAGUAUAGGAUUAAGGUUUGUAGGUCGGAGAGUGCGAGUGGUGGAUUUGUCGAUAAUUCUGGCAAAGACUGUACUUCUGGCGGCGGCACAGUUGUUCUGGAAUCGCACGGAAAUAUUUACGGUCCUGGAGGGCAGUCCGUAUACAAUGAUUCGAAGGAUGGCUGGCUUUUGGUCUACCACUAUGUCGACACGACCAUUGGGUUCGCUGAUGGACAGAAGCAAUUUGGUUGGAAUAAGCUUGAUUGGAGCAGUGGUUGGCCCGUCGCUUCAUGA